AUGUCCAAACUGCCAGCUUCGUGGGUGCCCUACGCUGAGCUCAUGCGCAUCGACAAGCCCACUGGCACCUACUACCUCUUCUUUCCCUGCCUAUUCUCCACACUGAUGGCCGCUCCGAUGCUGUCACCCGCCGCACCACUCGCCUCGGUGGUUUCUUACUCGCUCCUUUUCUUCUCUGGCGCGCUCAUCAUGCGUGGGGCUGGGUGUACCAUCAACGAUCUCUGGGACAGGAAUCUCGACCCCCACGUCCAGCGGACUCGGUUGCGACCAGUGGCCCGCGGGGCCGUCAAGCCUUUCAACGGCCUCGUUUUCACCGGAUGCCAGCUUCUAGCUGGCCUGGCCAUAUUGGUCCAGUUUCCCGUGCCCUGUAUCAUCUACGGUACACUGAGCCUCCCCCUCGUCGCGGCCUAUCCCUUGGCCAAGAGGGUGACUUAUUACCCCCAGUUUGUUCUCGGCUUGACCUUUUCAUGGGGGGCCGUCAUGGGAUUUCCCGCCCUCGGCCUCGACUUGCUCACAAACACUGCCGCAUUCACUGCCGCCGCCUGUCUCUACGCUUCAAACGUUGCCUGGACCGUUCUAUAUGACAUGAUCUACGCGCACAUGGACAUUAAGGAUGACGCCAAGGUUGGCAUCAAAAGCAUCGCCCUCAAACACGACGCGGACACGAAGAAGGUCCUGACCGGGCUUGCCAUGGCCCAAGUUUCUCUUCUCGCCGCCGCCGGCGUCGCAUCCGGGGCCGGUCCUGCCUUCUUCCUGGGGAGCUGUGGCGGAGCCUUGGUCACCCUCGGCAUUAUGAUCAAGCGGGUAAAUCUCAAAAACGUUCAAGAUUGUUGGUGGUGGUUCGUCAAGGGUUGCUGGGUCACGGGAGGUACCAUCAGUACUGGCCUCGCCGCAGAUUAUCUGAUUCGCCGCGCUGAGAUUGAUCAGACGUGCGUGACGCCGCAGAGGAUGUCGUGA